CCCACUUCAUAAGAGAUCUGCCCUGCAGUAAUUACCAACAAUGGGUGACUGGAGCUUCUUGGGAAAUAUUUUGGAAGAAGUCAACGAACACUCAACGGUGAUAGGCAGGGUAUGGUUGACGGUGCUCUUCAUCUUUCGGAUCUUGAUCCUGGGCACGGCUGCAGAAUUCGUCUGGGGGGACGAGCAGUCAGAUUUCGUUUGCAACACCCUACAGCCCGGUUGUGAGAACGUUUGCUACGAUGAGGCAUUCCCCAUCUCCCAUAUCAGACUCUGGGUGCUUCAGAUCAUCUUUGUCUCCACACCUUCGCUGAUGUAUGUGGGCCACGCUGUGCACCACGUCCACAUGGAGGAGAAACGCAAGGAGAGAGAAGAGGCAGAGAUGAGCCAGCGGCAGGAGACAAAUAAGGAAGGGCUCCCCUUAGCGCCAGAUCAGGGCAGCCACAAGACCACCAAGGAAGGCAGCAGCAAGGGAAGCAAGAAAUAUCGUUUGGAAGGCACCCUGCUGAGGACCUAUAUCUGUCACAUCAUCUUCAAGACGCUGUUUGAGGUAGGUUUCCUAGUGGGCCAAUACUACCUUUACGGUUUCAGCAUCCAGCCUUUGUACAAAUGUGCCCGAUGGCCUUGUCCCAACGAUGUCGACUGCUUUGUGUCACGUCCCACUGAAAAGACAGUGUUCGUCAUCUUCAUGGUGGCCGUGGCCUUUCUCUCUCUGUUCCUCAAUGUUGUGGAGAUCUUCUAUUUGGGGCUGAAGCAGAUCCGCUUCACCUUCCGCAAGCCGCCUCAGCAGCAGGCUGAGGGCUUGGUCCUUGAGAAGAGUCUGCCUUCGGUUCUUGUCCCGACCAUCCCAAAGGCUAAGGGUUACAAGCUGCUAGAGGAGGAGAAGCCUGUCUCUCACUUUUUUCCCCUGACGGAGGUCGUGAUGGAGGAAGGACGGCUCCUUGCUCCCUUUGAGGUAUUUGAAGAGAAGACAAACGAGGAAGAAGCCAAAGCCUUUGGUGAAGCUUUGCCUUCCUAUGGUCAGACUACUAAGUCGAGGGUAGCAGUUGCGGAAGAGGAAGGAGAGGAGGAUGAGGAGGAGGUGGAAGAAGAGAACUCAGUGGAGGAACCCUCUGCAAAUGCUGAGGUAGAGGCCACUGAGAUGAUAGAAGACGCCAGACCACUAAGCAGCAUGAGCAAAGCCAGCAGCAGGGCGAGAUCGGAUGAUCUGACAGUAUGAGUUUGAGAAAACACAUAAAUAUAGCCAAAAGGCCGGGGGGGCAGAUAACAUCGCCUAAAGGAAAAAGUGCCUUAAUAUUAUGAACAUGAAUACCAGCUAGCAGUUUCAUAUACUGGUACAGAAGGUUUUAAACUUUUAAAAGAAACAAAACCUUUCAUUGCACAGUGCAUUUAUGAUAAUGUUCUCUGAGAAGAAAUUUAAGAUAAAUAUGACUAGUGACCAUUUCAGGAAAGAACAGAAGAGGGAUGUUUUCAUUUAUCCAAGAUAUUGUGCUUCUUUUCAAUGCCGCCUUUUCUAGCAGAUGAGCUCCAAGACAAAGAUGCAGCUAAUGAUUACAUUUUUAAAAAUGGUCUGUAAGCAUAUUGUCCCAUGUGUGUACCAAUCGUAUUUCACACACAGGAAGUUGUGGCUGAAAUAAUAGAGCACGCUCACUUCAGCUCAGCUAAUCACCAGAUUUCAUCUAAAGGGAGGGAGUAAACUGUGUGUAGGCAACAGAAACAUCAUAAAAAUAUGUUUCUUUUUUGUUUGCACAUAAAAAAAGCUUUAGCUAGAUUAACUUGUUAAAAAAAAACAAAAUAAGGAAUUGGAAGGAGCACAAUAGGUCUGUUACUGUGUGCUGCAUCAUUUUGAAGGAGUCACUUGUUCUGUUUAUAAAUAUAACCUUUAAAACCUUUUGUAAACAGUUCAUGGUUAGCAGCACUAACUGUGGAAAUAAGUAUCAGCCAAAGGCUUUGUUUCUCCGCUUGUUACUCCCUGUGCAAACAGCCGUCAGGUUGAUAAAGAUCAUGGCCAGUCAGCAUGAAGGAUUGUUAAAGUGCUACAAGAAAAGGAAACUCACACAGCUGGGAAUAUAAAUCCCUGAAAACACAUUUUAACUUCUGACAUUUCUAAAUAUUCUUAUUAAAGAAAAUUUUGUGGGGAAUAUUUUGUGACUUGAAUAUGGAACAUUUUAUGUCACGUCAUAUAUGUGUGUGUGUGUGUGUGUGUGUGUGUGUUAAUUUUAGCACUUACUAUCAGGAUUUUUUAGUUCAGCUAAAUCCUCAGCAUUUCUUAACAUUGUCUUAGUUGCUAACCGUUUAAAAAAACAAUUCUGCCGAAUAAUUUUUCCCAUUUUUAAAUGAAUACUGAAACAUUACCUUUCAUGGAACAACUAAAUAAAAUCAUUAGGUGUAAGUUAAAUCAACAAGACAUUUAUCAGGUUAUAAAGGUUAUAUUUUUUGUGUCAAAAGUUUUUUUUUUAUAUAGAUAACUAUUAUCGAUAGUUUCUUUUUCAAUCUCGUAACAAAUGAGAAAUGCAAUUUUCCCAUCUUAUAAAUGCAGGGAUUCAACGUGGAUGUAUGACGUCAAACUCAACCUAAACUGUUCUUUAUUGCACGCUAUUGAAACAACGUAACAGUUAAUGUUCUCUUAUAUGACUGUUAUGGUUUCAUGUCCUUUAACGGUUGCCAAUUACAUUUCUGUGCUAUUCCUGAUAUUGCAUGUGUACUAUUUGUUACAAAAUAUGAAAAUGUUGGCAUUUACCAAUUUAAUUACACCAAAAUAUUAGAUGAACAAAGUGUUGAAAUAUAUAUUUAUACAUAUACAUAAUUAUAAGUGUUAUCCUGCUAACAUAAAUUGAAACAUAAAUUUCAUCACAUUGCAGCUGCAAACAUUCCCACUUAUGAAUUAUUUUGUCACAUUCAGAUCCUUUGGAGAAUGCUUCAGAGUAUAAUUCCCAGCAUUUUCAUGAAUAAUCUUCUGUUGAACCUCUGCCAUUGUGCUGCCAUCCCAUAAUAAUUCAGAGCCCUGUGCCUAAAGCAGAACAAUCUCAUCCGCAGCUAACAGCUGUGUGCAUGAACACAAGGUGACAUAAAUAAUGAUUCAUAAAUACCUUAUGAAUCAAGUAAUAUGUGGCAGUUUGAAAAUAAAACUCACCUCUGUGUGUCUAAGUCUCAGGCUGGUUGCUCCAUGAAAGUGUAGAACGCGAAGCUAAACUUUCAUCAAUUCACAAUAGUGCCAUCUUAAAAUAACAGUCCUCUGUAGAUUGAAAAAAUAUU